GCGGAUAUAGUGAAUGCGGGGUCCGGGGAGAGCGGAUAUAGUGAAUGCGGGGUCCGGGGAGAGCGGAUAUAGUGAAUGCAGGGGUCCGGGGAGAGCGGAUAUAGUGAAUGCGGGGUCCGGGGAGAGCAGAUAUAGUGAAUGCGGGGUCCGGGGAGAGCAGAUAUAGUGAAUGCGGGGUCCGGGGAGAGCAGAUAUAGUGAAUACGGGGUCCGGGGAGAGCGGAUAUAGUGAAUGCUGGGUCCGGGAGAGCGGAUAUAGUGAAUGCGGGGUCCGGGGAGAGCGGAUAUAGUGAAUGCGGGGUCCGGGGAGAGCGGAUAUAGUGAAUGCGGGGUCCGGGGAGA